GGGAAAUUCAAUGGAGCGGUGUCGCGUACGAUGAGGCUUCGCUGUUGUCUCGGGAAAGGAGAAGACUUUGGAUAAGUUACGGCUGCCUGACUGCGGGCUCAUCUCUCCCGACUUCUUUCGCUCAAACGAUCCAUUGAGGAGAGGAUGAUGACUGACGCCAGCGAGAUGUUGGCAGCUGCCUUGGAGCAAAUGGAUGGAAUCAUAGCAGGCUCCAAGGCCAUGGACUACUCCAAUGGCCUGUUUGACUGCCAGUCCCCCACGUCACCCUUUCUGGGUAGCCUGCGUACGCUGCACCUGUUGGAGGACCUGCGGGCGAUGCUUGAGUUGAUGGACACGGAGGAGAGGGACAACUUGCGAUGCCAGAUACCGGACACCACAGCGGAUGGACUAGUGGAGUGGCUACAAGGACGGAUUACCAACGGACACAGCUCAACAGCUGCUGAAGCUGUGUACCAGGAGCGCUUGUCACGACUGGAGAAUGACAAGGAGUGCCUCAUUCUGCAGGUAAGCGUUCUUACAGACCAGGUGGAGGUGCAAGGGGAAAAAAUACGGGACCUAGACAGGUGCCUUGAAGAACACCAAGUGAAGCUAAAUGCCACCGAGGAGCUGCUUCAGCAGGAGCUGUUGAACAGAUCAGCCCUGGAGACACAAAAGCUGGAGCUGAUGACAGAGGUUUCUAGUCUGAAACUGAAGCUGACUGCCACGGAGAGAGACCACAGGGAGAAUGAGGGCCUGUACCAGGAAAUAACGGACCUGCGGUUCAGAGUGACAGAUAUAGAGAAUGAAAGGCUACAAUGUGAGAAGAAACUCAGAGCGAGCAAAGAGGAGCUGCAGCUUUUGCAGAGACAGCUGGAGGAGCGAGAGGGGGAGCUGAGGAGGCUGAAGGAGGAGGUCAGGGUGGGCAGCCAUGAUGGAGGAGAUGGAGGACAGAAAGUUGUAUCCAGCCAAUUACCCAACUCUUCCGAGCCGUCCUGGUCGCUGCUCCACCCCCACCUGCAGACAUGGCCAAUUGUGUCUGUAGCGACGCCCGACCAAGUGGGAGGUAACACAGGGAUUCGAACCGGCAAUCCCUGUGUUGAUUCUGAGAUGUUGAAGAUGAAGAGGGCGCUGGAGUCCCUGAUGUCAGCCAAUGAUGAGAAGGAGCGAAGGAUAGAGGAGCUGCAGCAGUCUCUCACACAGUUCAAGAAAGUGCAGGAACUGGUAAAAGAGAAGUUGAACGAAGGCGACUACGAUGAUCCCUGCAUUCCUGCAGCCGCGGAGGAGGAUUCGACAUUGGACGGGGAGACAGGAAGGAGCUCGGGCGAGUCUGUCCCGUGUAUAGCGGUGCUCUCAGAAAUGAAUGAACUGGACCAGGAGAGGCAGCUACAGGCACAGGCAGCAGAAAGCCCCCGGAAUGUCCCACCACCUGGAAACUUGGCCCACGUACCCGGCAGUACAGGCCAGACUAAAAACAGAGCAGGAACUAAGUCAAGCACCACAUGCGAUGAGAGUUUUGGUACCAAGAAGAUGCGCUCCUCUUUUGGCCGGGGCUUCUUCAAGCUGCGCGGUGGCAAGCAGACCGCCAGCGCCCCAAAUCUGACUGAGUCAGAACGGAAAGGUACAGACCACUUGGACUUGGCGGGUGUUCCUCCACGUAAAACUCAGGAUGAAGCCGCCCUGCCAUCUUCACCAGAAAACAAGAAGAAGUCUAAAGGGUUCAAGAGGUUCUUUGGAAGGCUAAAGAGGAGUCACUCGACUUCCUUCAACCUUGAAGAGGCGUCAGAGAUGGAGUUCAGACGGGGUGGGGUCAGGGCCACCGCCGGUCCCCGUCUCGGGUGGUCACAUGACUUAAAGUAUGACGCCAAUGCCGUGGACAUCCCAUUCUCCCAGUGGAGUAAGGAGCAGGUGUGUGCGUGGCUGCAGGACCAGGGUCUGGGGAUGUAUGUGGCCCAAGGCCACGACUGGAUCCGCUCGGGUCAAACACUGCUGCAGGCGUCUCAACAUGAAAUGGAGAAGGAGCUGAAUAUCAAGCAAGCGCUCCACAGGAAGAAGCUGCAGCUGGCCUUGCGAGCGCUCGGCUCUGAGGAGGAAGACCCCAAGAACAAACUUGACCACAACUGGGUGACCAGAUGGCUGGAUGACAUUGGCCUACCACAGUAUAAGAAUCAGUUUGAUGAGGGCCGUGUUGACGGGCGUAUGCUACACUACAUGACUGUGGAGGACCUGCUGUCUCUGAAGGUGGGCAGUGUCCUUCAUCACCUCAGCAUCAAGAGGGCCAUCCAGGUCCUCCGCCUCUACUUGUACGAUCCAAACUGUCUCAGACGGCGGCCGUCCGAUGAGAACAACAUCACACCGGCAGAGAUCUCCCUGUGGACGAACCACAGGGUGAUGGAGUGGCUGCGGUCUGUCGACCUGGCUGAGUAUGCCCCCAACCUGCGGGGCAGCGGAGUGCAUGGUGGACUCAUGGUGCUGGAGCCCCGCUUCAAUGUGGAAACUUUGGCCCUCCUGCUCAACAUCCCUCCCAGUAAGACCCUGCUGAGACGCCACCUGGCCACACACUUCCACCUGCUCAUCGGCUCAGAGGCCCAGCGGCUCAAACAGGACUGUCUGGAAAAUCCAGACUACGCCGUCCUCACCGCCACCGCCAAAGUCAAGCCCAGACGGCUCUCAUUCGGUAGCUUUGGGAAUCUGAGGAGGAAGCGGCAGGAGGACAGCGAUGAAUACAUCUGCCCCAUGAACGUGGAGAUGCCCAAAAGCAGCAGUUUCCAGAGAGGCCUGCGGCUCUACGAGGACAACCUCGACAAUCUGGAACAAAUGGAGGACUCAGAGGGGACUGUGAGACAGAUAGGAGCAUUUUCUGAUGGCAUCAACAAUCUGACGAGCAUGCUGACGGAUGACGAGCUCUUCCCGUCCGUCUCUUCCGAGGUCACCAUGGCGGAUGACGCCUCCAACGUGUGUGAGGGAGAAACCGAGCCUCGGCCUCUUUGUUAAGCCAACAUUGUGAAUCCAAAAAAACAAAAACAAACUGUGCCACACUUUCCUUCGACUCCUCCGACUACCAGCUACCAAUAUUUCUUUUAAAUAUCUGUGGACGCUUCAAGAUCUGCGUGUCUGAUAGUAACCUUUACCAUUCCCAGCCUCCACAACUCUUCAUAUUUAUUUAAGUGGUCAGAGGUGUCGUGCAUGAACCGAAGAUGUUACCUGUAUUGGACCUGUGUACCUCCUUUUACCUUUUACUUUAGUGGGAGAGCAUCUACGUUUUUACUUUGUUUUUGUUUUUUUCUUUCUUCUAAUGUUCAGAAACGUAAGUAGUCUUACCUGGUCCCAGUUUGUGGCCUAUCUUUUCCUCUCUGAGUGUUUGUUUGUCCCUGUUUCUGCUUCCUUGUUGUGUUGGCAGAAGUGAUGUUCACGUGUCCCGGUCACGGCGGUCUUACUUGUGGUCCUCAGUUCAGCUUUUUGCAGUCUGAGGAGUGAGCGUGGCUGAGGCUGAAUGAGGAAACUGCAAACUUCUUCUUUCAAGGAAUAUUUCUCCACCCAGAGGUAGCGCUAUGCAAACAUAAGCCAUGUGGGUGAAGGCAUUUUAAUACACACUGUUCUAUUUUUUCAUGUUUUUUUUAAAUAAAAUUUUAAAAAGG